AUGGCCUUGGCGACGCCGCUCCGUCUCCGCAACCUCCUCCCCGCCGCGUCGGCGCCUGCCAGGGCCCCGGACCCUGCCGGGCCGUCCCUGGCGAGCCACCGCGCCCUCUCGCUCUGCCGGGGCCGCCUCCUCCGCGCAGGCCUCUCCGCCGCGCCCCGUCCCGGGCUGGUGGCCGUGGCCGCGGCCGCUGGCGGGCGGCCGACGGUGCUGGUCACGGAGAUGCUGGGCCCCGCGGGGCUGGAGCUGCUGCGCGCCUUCGCCAACGUGGACUGCUCCUACGAGCUCACGGCGGAGGAGCUCCGCGCCAAGGUGUCGCUCGUGGACGCGCUGGUGGUGCGCAGCGGGACGCAGGUGACGCGGGAGGUGUUCGAGGCCGCGCGCGGCAGGCUCCGCGUCGUCGGCCGGGCCGGGGUCGGCAUCGACAAUGUCGACCUCCAGGCGGCCACCGAGGCCGGCUGCCUCGUCGUCAACGCGCCCACCGCCAACACCGUCGCCGCCGCCGAGCACGCCGUCGCGCUCCUCGCCGCCAUGGCGCGCAAUGUCGCGCAGGCCGAUGCGUCGCUCAAGGCCGGCAAAUGGCAACGGACCAAAUAUGUUGGUGUUACCUUGGUGGGCAAGACACUAGCUGUUAUGGGUUUUGGAAAGGUCGGUCCAGAAGUAGCUCGACGUGCAAAAGGACUUGGGAUGGAUGUCAUUGCUCAUGAUCCAUAUGCUGCUGUUGAUAGAGCCCGUGCAAUUGGCGUAGAUCUGGUAUCAUUUGAUGAGGCCAUCUCCACAGCAGACUUCAUAUCACUGCAUAUGCCUCUAACUCCAUCGACUGCAAAGCUUUUCAAUGAUGAAACUUUUGCAAAGAUGAGAAAGGGUGUUAGAAUUAUCAAUGUUGCACGGGGUGGAAUUGUUGAUGAAGAAGCAUUGCUGAGAGCACUUGACAAUGGAACAGUUGCCCAGGCUGCACUUGAUGUAUUUACUGAGGAGCCACCGCCAAGAGACAGCAAGUUAGUGCAGCAUGAGAAUGUCACUGUCACACCGCACCUUGGGGCUAGCACAACAGAAGCGCAGGAAGGUGUAGCCCUUGAAAUUGCAGAGGCUGUUAUCGGUGCACUGAGAGGAGAUCUGGCUGCCACGGCUGUGAAUGCCCCAAUGGUCCCAGCUGAGGUUUUAUCAGAGUUAUCUCCAUAUGUUGUCCUUGCUGAGAAGCUGGGCCGGCUUGUUGUGCAACUUGUAGCUGGUGGCAGCGGGAUUAAAGGUGUCAAGGUUGUUUACUCAUCUGCCAGAGACUCCGAUGACUUGGACACAAGAAUUCUUCGUGCCAUGGUCACCAAAGGCAUCAUCGAACCUAUUUCAAGCGCUUUUGUAAACAUUGUCAAUGCGGAUUAUGUCGCCAAGCAAAGAGGCCUUAGGAUCGUUGAGGAGAGAAUUUUCCUUGACGGUUCACCCGAGAUCCCCCUAGACUCCAUCCAGGUCCACCUCGCCAAUGUGGAGUCCAAGUUUGCCGGAGCCUUAUCUGAUGCAGGUGACAUCAGAGUGGAGGGCAAGGUUAGGUAUGGCACGCCACAUCUCACGCUCGUUGGGUCUUUCAGUGUUGACGUUAGCCUUGAGGGCAACGUAAUACUGUGCCGCCAAGUUGAUCAGCCAGGCGUCAUUGGGAAAGUGGGGUCAAUCUUGGGAAAGAAGAACGUUAAUGUGAGUUUUAUGAGUGUCGGUAGGACUGCUCCGGGGAAGCAGGCGAUAAUGGCCAUCGGAGUUGAUGAAGAGCCUGAGAAGGAAGCUCUCAAAUUGAUUGGUGAGACAGGGUCUGUUGAGGAGUUUGUCUUUCUUAAGCUAUAG